AUGUUAUAUUUGACAGCAGAAGGUCAGUUAUCUGAAAAUAUCAAGUCUAUAUCUGUUAAAGACAGUGAAGAAGCGCCAGCAGAAUAUGCAUUUAAAAUUGUCUGCACAGAUUGUCGAGAAGAACAUGAUUCUAAUGUUUUGAUUAACAGAUUUGAGAAACAUGAAAUGCCUGGUAGUAGAGGUGAGGCUUCCUUCCUAUUGAAAUGUAAAUUCUGUUCUAAAGAUUGCUCUGUUAAUAUGUCUCAGUUUGAAAGAGAUUGGUAUAAUAAUGAAGUCGAGUCAAAUGAAGAAAAUUUAACAAAAGUGAGUACUCAUAGAAAGAAGAAUGGAUUGAAAAAUAUUAGCAAAGAAAUUUACAUCCCAUUGGAAUUUGAUUGUAGAAAUUGUGAAAUAAUCGGCUUUGAACCAUCAAGUGUUGUCUUUGAAGUUGAAUUAGUCUCUGGAAGUAAAUUAGAAUGUCAAUUUGAUCAAGGUGAGAAUGAAUGGUAUGAUUAUGAUGACGAUGCUGGUGAAGAAGUUUCUAUUACUGAUAUGAAAUUUGAUGUUAGUAAGGGGAAAUAA